AUGAGAUUGCGGCUUUUUCAAUGGCUGUGGGUUUCCUGCCGGCCUCCCGCUUUUAUAAUCUACUCAGCUUUCCCAUUUCCCAGGAAAUGGAAAUACGACGAGUCUGUCGAAGAGUACUUCGUUGAUACUUCGGAGACAACCACUUUGCGCCAGAGCGAGACUCACGAGACCCGUGUGGGGGAAGAGGGAGAAACGGAGGAUGAUGAGCCGGAACUCUUCGUGGGCGAUGGGGGCAUGAGCUUCGACCCGAAACCCGACAAGGCCCCUGCCGGCAAGGCCGCAGCACUCCUUGACAAGGCCCGGGACGAUGCUACGAGUUUUCUGGAUCUCCUGACUGAGAAGCAUGCCACUGUGUCUUCUUGGUUGUCCGAGCUGGAUGGCACAUGCAACCCUCGUGUACAGCAGUUCAAGGACAACUGUGUGGCGAUCUGCGAGGCUUUGGAGACACAAGAGGAUGCGAUUGCUGAGUGCAUUGAGGCGAUCAGUCUGGAUGGUUACUCGGAGAGCAUUCUCGCUGAGUUCAAGCGGGACAACGGUGAUGACACUGCUCCUGCUGCCAAGAACAAAGCCAAAGCCAAGGCAAAAGCCCCGAAACGUGUGAUCGCGGAAGAGGAAGAACCUGAGGAAGAGUCGAAGCCAGCUAAGAAGCGAGCUGGUGCAGGGGAGCUUGUGUCAUCGCAAAAGCCACGCCCGAAGCGCAAUUACAACUCGACUGCCCAGCAUGCCCACAUAUUCAAAGGCCAACUCACCCUUUGUCUAGCCAGGUUCCUUGCCGGCGAGUGCUGGAAUGUGCUCGGGCUGUACGAGAAAGAGAUCGGCGGAAAGGCAGAAGCAACCUACAGUGCUUUUCGGAAGCAUGGACUUUCUUUGGCCGUGAAAGUGACUAAGAGUGCUAUCGGUAGCGAGCCCGAGUACCCCUGGAUCAAGCCUAGUGACUUUAUCCGGUACAUGGAUGAGAGCAAAAGGUUGGACCUGCUGCUGGGAGAUUAUAAGUCACUUGAAGACCUCGGUCCCGUGUUAAAGACAUUCUGGUCACGGUUUCAAAAAAUGUCACCGAAUCACGAUGUUUUCAAGCAAUCGAAGGCUGGUAAGAUAGACCUUUCCAGGAGUCUACCUUACUACAUACACGCCGACGAGGGGAGGACCCUCAAGAAGAAGGCUAUCUUCCUGCUGCAGUGGCAGGUUGCUUUCGGAAAGGGUGUGGGGCAACGCCUUUCGGCCGAGGAAGUGCAAAAGAAAGUGAAGGACUUGAAAUUGCGACCCAACUUCAAUGGUCAUGCUUACACGACCCGCUUCCUUGCUGCCACGAUGCUUCGUUCGGACUACAGCAACAGCCCAGAAAUGCUCGAGGGCCUUUUGGAGCUCAUUGUCCAGGACUUGGCUUCCCUCGGCUGGCAGGGUAUCCAGUUGUCUGUUGGUCACUUGUGGAUGGUGGCUCUGGGCAACAAAGGCGAUUGGUCAUAUUUGGUCGAUAUUGCCAAUUUGUCAGAACAUCCUGCAUUUCUGGACUCGAUGCCCACAGUCGAUCUACCGUGGGACCGCGGGCCCACAAAGGACACGAAGCAGCAGCCUUACAUUCAGAAGAUCUCCAAAGACACCCUUGGUUGCCAUUCUUUGACCGAGAUGCCGGAUGGACACUGGCACAAAGGCAGCACAACGACCGUCUUGUGCAAGUAUGUGCAGCAUCUUUCGGAGACACAAGUCGAUCGUGUGUCUGGCUGCGAAGUCUUUGAGCUGAUCGCUUCUUGUCUGCUUGAAGAUUUACAGGACAUAUUAUGUAGGGUUCUAGUGGGGAAAAUACAACAGUUACCAGAUUCGGUCUGA